GUGAGCGCUCUGAGCCAAUCACCGGCGAUGGAGCGGAGGCGACCCGCAGCAGUGUGACAGAAAGAGAGAGAGGUAUCAGAGGAAGAGGUUUGAGAGCGUCAGUAGGGGGGCGAGGGCGGUUAUAAUACUGCAAUGCCGAAUAAAACUAAGAAAGAGAAGGAACCUGCGAAAUCCGGAAAAACUGGCAAAACCAGCGGAGGUAAAGAUGGGCAAGAAAACCCAGAGCACGAGACUUCAAACAAAAAAAACAGCAACAAUACGCCACCUACAACACAGGUAUCAAAAGUGAAGCUGUCUGGUCCCCAGACGCCAGUGAAGAAGGAGAAACGACGGAGCUCCAGCAGGGUAAAUCUCAGCAACAACCGAGAGCUGCAGAAGCUUCCAGCUUUUAAAGAUGCCCCUCCUGCUGAACAAGAGAAGCUGUUUGUUCAGAAAUUACGGCAGUGCUGCGUCCUGUUUGAUUUUGUCUCGGACCCUCUAAGUGAUUUAAAGUGGAAGGAGGUGAAAAGGGCAGCUUUGAGUGAGAUGGUGGAAUACAUCACGCACAAUCGCAAUGUCAUCACGGAGCCCAUCUACCCGGAGGUCGUUCAUGUGUUUGCAGUGAACAUGUUCAGAACGUUACCCCCCUCAUCGAACCCCACAGGGGCAGAGUUCGAUCCUGAAGAGGAUGAGCCCACGCUUGAAGCAGCGUGGCCACAUCUACAGCUCGUCUAUGAAUUUUUUCUUAGGUUUUUAGAGUCUCCAGAUUUCCAACCAAAUAUCGCCAAAAAAUAUAUCGACCAGAAAUUUGUAAUGCAGCUUCUAGACCUGUUUGACAGUGAAGACCCGCGUGAGAGAGACUUCCUGAAAACCACACUUCACAGGAUCUAUGGGAAGUUUCUGGGGCUGCGGGCAUACAUCAGAAAACAGAUCAAUAAUAUAUUUUAUAGGUUUAUUUAUGAAACAGAACAUCACAAUGGUAUAGCAGAAUUACUGGAAAUUUUGGGAAGUAUAAUCAAUGGAUUUGCCUUACCAUUAAAAGAGGAACACAAGAUUUUCCUGUUGAAAGUUUUGCUGCCUUUGCACAAAGUGAAGUCACUUAGUGUCUACCAUCCACAGCUGGCAUACUGUGUGGUUCAGUUUCUAGAGAAGGACAGCACCCUCACUGAACCAGUGGUUAUGGCACUUCUAAAAUACUGGCCAAAGACUCACAGUCCAAAGGAAGUGAUGUAUCUGAAUGAACUUGAAGAAAUAUUGGAUGUAAUCGAACCCUCCGAAUUUGUCAAGGUCAUGGAGCCUCUGUUCAGGCAGCUGGCUAAAUGUGUUUCCAGUCCACAUUUUCAGGUGGCAGAAAGGGCAUUGUACUAUUGGAAUAAUGAGUACAUUAUGAGUCUGAUCAGUGACAAUGCAGCCAAGAUCUUGCCCAUCAUGUUCCCCUCCCUGUACCGCAAUUCAAAGACUCACUGGAACAAGACCAUUCAUGGUUUGAUCUACAAUGCUCUGAAGCUCUUUAUGGAGAUGAAUCAGAAACUGUUUGAUGAUUGCACUCAACAGUUUAGAGCAGAAAAAAAUAAAGAGAAACUAAAAUCAAAAGAACGGGAAGAGGCCUGGGUGAAGAUAGAGAAUCUAGCCAAAUCAAACCCACAGUACACUGUGUGUGUUGAUUCCUCUGGCCUCAAUAGUCCAGUAGCAAUGGAGACAGAUGGUCCCUUGAUAGAAGAUGUUGAGAUGUUAAAAAAGACUGUAGAGGAAGAAGCUGUUCAGUUGCAGAGGGAUCAGCGAAAGGAACGCCCUCUGGUGCGCCGCAAGUCCGAGCUGCCUCAGGACAUUUACACCGUGAAAGCCUUGGAAACCCAUCGGCGUGCUGAAGAAAUAUUGACAACUCAUGAUGGACAUUAGGCCGGGUUUCUGCUCUGCACAAAAAGAACGCAGAAUUUGAUACGUCAAACGUUGGCACGGAAACCAGGGGGGGGUGUCUCCUGAGUGGUACCGUUCCUGGGCUCUCCUCUUUUGAGGUUUCUGCUUCCUCAGGAUGUUUUCUGAAUGUUAUCUGACACCUGUCUGCUUUUCAGUUGGUCUGUUGUUGUUGUUGUUGUUGUUGUUGUUGUUGUUGUUAUUGUUUAUUUAAAAAAAAGAAUACUCCUCUUGUAUCUGGAAAAACCAAGUAGAAAGCAGAACCUGAGAGCGAUGGUGCUUCUGUGGUGUUGUGUGUUUUUUGUUUUUUUUUUGUAAGGGAACAAUUCGGUAUAGGCAACAUAAUUUGGAAGUGAACCUUUCAGCCCAGGGAUAGCUGCCAGUGCCAACACUAGUGUUAUUCAUUUUGUAUAGAUUUUAAUAUUGUAAGCUUGAUUCUUAUUUUUUUUAAUUGGCUGGGGGGUGGAAGGGUUCUGCAGAAUGUACCAAAAUACUGUGCAGAUUUUCUUUUUGUUUUUUGCUGCAGAUAAAGGAAACUCUGUGCAGGAAACCGGCAUGUUUGAUUAAGCUGUCCGUUCCACCGGAGUAAAGCUGUAAAGAAGAGAAAAGAAAGCUCUUUUCUGGACUGAGUUAAUUUUGUGCCAUACCAAUUUCUUCUACACAGAAACAAAACGUGUUUUUUUUUUUUGUUUGUUUUUCUUUUUUCUUUUUUUUAAAUCAAGUCCAGUCCAGCAAUAAGUUUCCCCAGAAUGCUUUUCAAAUCCUGGUAGUUCAAACAAUGGUAGAUUUCUAUUAAAAAGCAGAAGAUUGUCCCAAGUUGCACAUUCGCCCAGUGCAAGUUUAAUAGCAUGGCAUUGAUACUCGUUUAAUAUCAGCAUGGCAUUGAUACCCGUUUAAUAUCAGCAUUUUCUUUUCCAUUGGACACAUUUUAGCAUUUUCAAGUGAUUCUUACUGAAAUUACGUUUGUUUGUAUCAGCCUGCAAUUUAAUGUUGAUUUCCCUUUGGGUCAUCAUAAAAUGAGAAUCCUAAUUGCAAUGUCAGUUGGUGAAGAAGUUGCCCUAGCUUGAUGGUAUGUAAUACACAUGUUGUGCAGCCCUGGUAAUGCUGCUGCUGCUGCUGCUGCUGUGUGCCGUGCAUUCCAGAGACACACACCUGCAUACCAUUUAUACAAGGUGAGGAAACAAGUGGUCGUGCCCAUUGCUAUUUCUAUCUAGUACUCUCCUUUGUGGUGCACAUAAUGCAGUUGUGAUCAUCCGUGUUCAUGAACUGCACACAAUGACACGGACAAAAGUACCUGGUUAGAUUUUUUAUUUUAAUUGUCUUUCAUUGAGUGCCUUUUUAUGUAUAAAAUAAAAAUAGGUGAAUUCCAUCAUUUUAUUUUCAUGAUGGAAUGUGAAUAGAAAAAAUAUCGCUUGGCUGCCAUUAUUAUUAGGUAUUAAUUUUAGAUUUGAUUGAAAACGAUGUACAUAAACACAUUAUUGUCGUGAUUGAGAAUGCCCCCAUGCACAACAGCUUAUUCAGCUACUUAGAGAGAGAGCACUUCCUGUUUAUACUUGAAAAACAUUUUGUUAAGUAUCCCAAAUGAAGCAACCCUGCUUGACGUAGUCAUUUGUCCACGUGUAUUUAUCCCAUUUUACUUAACCCAAUGUGCGCCUCUACCAAGGAGAGAAGGGUGCUUUAUUCUCUUUAUAUAUAAUAUAUAAAUAUACAUAUCUAUCUGUAUGCCAUUGUUUGAACUUCCAUCAUUCUCUAAGCGGUAGCUUUAUGGCAUUGUCUUUUAGGUUUGGGUGUUCAGUAUGUCUGUGUGAGAUGUUUAUGGAGGGUUGAACGCUUUUUCUUUGUCUGCUAAACCGUGUAUGUUAAUGUUUGGUUGAAUGUGCAAAGUGUAAAAUAUACUACCAUGGUAAGCAUUUGUCUUUGUUACUUUUUCCCUUUUUAAAGAUCAACACUCACCAAGCAGAUUUCUUUUUAUAUAUAUAUAUAUGUAAUGCAUUGCUAUUGGUGAGACAGCUUUGGGGAUUUUGGCAUUAUAGAACUGGCACAAAUUACUGAAAUCGUACAACAACAACAACAACAGCAGAAAGCAAAGUUCUGUUUUGGUGACUUGUUGUUCUUUAAUACGUGGCUUUACUUCAACAUUUUUGCAAGUUUUUGUUUGAUGUACGCUUUCCAAAAUACAAUAACAUGACAAGUGUCCUUUAGGUGAGACUUGUACUAAAUGGCUUCAUUUAAUAUUGUACAUAUAAUGUACUUUUGUUUUAUGUAGUGUUCUCUAUUAAACAGUAGAUUUCAUAUUUUGUACAAAAUGACCAUAUGUACAGAAUAAAACAUUAAUAGCAACUACAAAAGCUAGGAAGCAGCACAGAUUCUUUCUUUUUGUUUGUUUGUUUUUACAAUAUCUGUAACUAUCUGCAUUUAGAAAUAUGUUAAAGUUGAAAUUAAUAUUUUUAUCAAUUUGUAAUUCAAGAUUUUUUGUUUUCCACAUUGAAAUGUCUGUGAAGGAAAUCUUCAUACAUUAGCUUUUUAAUUUGUGUGCUUCUAUUCAAUUUUCAAGUGGUGUACAUCUAUAUAGAAUAAAUAAAGAGAACAUGUGGAUUUUA